AAAAGAAAAAAAAAAAAGAAAAGAAAAAUCUCUGAGAAUCCCUUUUACUGGCCACUGCCCAGUGGUUGGUCAGAGCCUUUGGGCUUUUCAAACACUUCCAUCCACACUGUUUUUCAGCUGUCACAGUCCGGCCACAUUGCCGUCUCUCAAGCCCCACAUUUUUCCAGAUUUCCUUCCGCUUUAUGUAUUUUGUGCCAAAACCCUCCUCAUCUUUAACCCAUCUGCACGCAAAAGUCUCUUCCUUUUUUUUUUGUUUUCCUUCUUUCUAAGUUUUUUUUUUUUUUUUUUUUUCCAAAACCCAAAUUUGUUCCUGCGGUUUUAGCUCUACCGUUUUAAGCAGCGAGGAAGUCCGUUACAAGUUUCUCAGGAAAAAAAAAAGCUGGUCUUUUCCAAAAAAAAAGUUUCAUAGAACAGUAUAAACGGGUAUGAAAGUCUACUCUUCCAAGUCUUAGAAGUGAGGUUUUGUUCAGAAGAAGUUUUCCUUUCUGAUAUGACUUUUCCAUCCUGACAAACUGGGUUAUCUAGAGUGGUGGUAUUCAUUCUGUUUUUGAAGUUAUAUAUUUUCAGAUCUCACAAUUUUCUCUUCCUGCAAAAUGACAGACAAACAAAAUCCCAGUUCGAAUUUGCUUAAGCUGGUGGUAGUCUGGGUUUUGUAUCCAUAGAAGAAGCUUUUUUCCAUAAAUGUGAUAUAUAUAUAUAUAUAUAUAUAUUAAGAGCUUUUGUUUAUUCUGAAAGUUUCUUAUUUCUUUAAUCCUUAAAUGCUGGUUGUCUGCAAUAUCAUUGUCCAGAGUCUUUAACCUUUUAAGCCUUGAAAGUGAUUGCAUUGCCCAAAUUGUGUAUUCUAUUGGCCUAAUUUUUGGGUCCCAUUUAGACCAAUGUUUCAAUUCAACACCCACUUUCUCAUAACCUAAAAAAUUCCCCCUUUCCCCCCCCCCCCCCCCUUACAGCUCAUUCAUGUGAACCAAGUUUAUCUAUGGUUUGGUACUAGAUUAAGCAAUAAAUCCACAACUCAGUCAAUUCUGCUUACCUUCUUCAAAAUUGCUAUUCUCACAUGUCAAUUUUUUUUAUUGGUCCAAGAACGUAAGCAUGGGAUAUUUCUGAGACGGUCAUGGUGGCAUUCUAUACCGGCUACUUGAAUAUCUGGAAUUGUGACUGUCUUCCGCAGAUAUGCUUGAACAGGGAGGAUAUUCCCUUAAAUGGUAUUUCCUGCUAGCUAUCUCCGCUGGGUUCUUGCUACAUUCUGUUGUUUCUCAGAUUCCCUUGGAUUCAAAAAUUUCUGUUCAGGACAAUAACUUUUGGGUCUCACCCAAUGGUGAAUUUGCAUUUGGAUUCUUUAACCUCUCAGAUCAGCCAAACCAAUAUAGUAUUGGGAUCCGUUUCAACUCAAAAUCUAUUCCGGUCGAUAAACAAAUUGUUGUCUGGGUUGUGGGAGCUGAUCUAGUGGUUGGUAGCGAAUCCUAUUUCCUUCUUGCCAACAAUGGAGAACUGGUUUUGCAUGAUUCUUUGAAAGGAGUUGUGUGGACCAGCAAAACUAGCCUAUUAUCUGUUGCUUCAGCUGCUCUUGGUGACAAUGGAAAUCUUGUUCUAUUGAAUGCUAAGAAAGAUAUAGUUUGGAAUAGUUUUGAUAUUCCUACUGACACACUUCUUCCGGGACAGAACUUAUCUAUUUUACAAACACUUCGGGCUGCAAGCAAGAAUUCUAUGUCCAGUUACUAUACUCUUUUCAUGAAUGCUUCAGGUCAGUUGCAACUAAGAUGGGAAAGUCAUGUGAUCUACUGGACAAGUAAUAGCCCUUCCAUUUCGAAUCUCACAGCCUUCUUCUCCUCUGAUGGGGCGUUACAGCUUCGAGACCAGAAAUGGAGACCUGUUUGGUCGGUGUUUGGAGAAGAUCAUAAUGAUUCCAUACGUUAUCGGUUUCUUAGGCUAGAUGUUGAUGGCAAUCUCCGAUUAUAUUCAUGGGUAGAUGCUUCUCAAUCAUGGAGGUCGGUCUGGCAAGCUGUUGAGAAUCAAUGCAAGGUAUUUGCAACUUGUGGCCAGCAUGGCAUCUGCCUCUUUACUGCAUCAGCAACCACUGAUUGUCGAUGCCCUUUUGGGCUUAUAAAUGGGUCUAUUUCUAGUUGUUCGAUUCCAUUUCAACAGCGGUGCAGGACCAUGGUUAAAUAUGAGCAUACAUUUCUAUAUGGAAUGUACCCUCCAACUGACAAUUCAGUUUCCCAAAUUAGUUUAUUGCAAUGUAAAAGAUUGUGCGAGAAUGAUCCACUAUGUAGAGCUGUAACCUUCACCAAUGAUGGAACUGGUUCUUGCUUAUUGAAGAAAACACAGUAUGUGUCUGGCUAUAUGGAUCCAUCUCUACGUUCAGUAUCCUUUGUCAAGAAGUGUUCAGACCCGCUCGCCGUUGAUCUCAGUCUUGUUAAAUCACCACCCCCUCCCCAGUCUCUACUUCUAGUUAAAGGUGGUUCUCAUAAGUUUUGUGUCCCUUGUCUGAUUGGAGCAGUCUCAGGAACAUUUGCGAUAUUUAUUGUAGUUCACGUAGUAAUUGCCCUCUACAUUUUCAAAAUAAGAAACUGUAGAAGGAAAAAUGCUGCUUUAGCUUACAAGGGUCCCAACUCAAAUGGUUUGAUUGUGUUACCCUUCUCUGAACUCAAGGAACUUACACAGAACUUUGAACAUCAGAUUGGGCCUACAAUGUUUCAAGGCAUCCUCCCAAAUGAUCAACCAGUUGCAGUGAAAGACCUGAAAGCAACCAUAGAAGAAAGAAGAUACCGAGUUGCUGUUUCAAAGAUAGGAAGCAUUUCUCACAAGAACCUUGUGAAGUUGGUAGGCUAUUGUUGUGAAUUACAUCACAGAUUUCUGAUCUAUGAAUAUGUGAAGAACGGUUCUGUGGAGAAACAUAUGGAGGAUCCGAAACUGUGUAAGCGGUUGACUUGGGGAAAGAGAGUUGAUAUAUGCUUAAAUGUGGCAAGGGCUGUUAGUUAUUUGCACUCAGGCUGUAGGGAGUUUGUAAACCAUGGAAAUUUGAAAUGUGGAAAUGUGGUCCUGGAUGAAAAUUUAGAUGCCAAAGUGACUGAAUUUGGGCUUGAGAGAGUAAUCAGCGAAACAUCAUGCUCUGAUUCUUCAGCAGAAAGGGAUGUAGAAGAUUUUGGCAAGAUGAUAUUGACAAUCUUUAGCGGGUGUAAAGAACUUGGAGAAGAACUUUGUGAAUGGGCUUAUAAAGAGUGGAUGGAGGGGCAUGCAAUGAAUGUAUUGGACAGAAGGAUUCAUUGUGGGGUGGAUUCAGAAGAGAUGGAACGCAUAAUGAGAAUUGCGUUUUGGUGUCUCCAAACCGACGGGAGAAGGAGACCUUCAAUGAGGGAGGUAGUGAAGGUAUUGGAAGGCAAGUUGAGUGUUGAUCCCCCACCACCCCCUUUCGCUUGUCAGAAGUCGCUGGAACAAGAAGAAUGAUUGGACUUAGGAUCUCAUACCAUAUUAUCCAGCUGAUUUGCAGAUAUCUUGGUUAAUUUUUGUAUUUUUGUAUCUUUCUUUUUCCCCCAACUCCAUUUUCAAGUUGUGUAUAGAAGUAGGGACUAACCAUAGGAUGACAAAGUUGGGGUCAUGUUUGUUUGAGAUAGACUAGCCAAGUAUUUUCUUCCCAAUCUGAUGUAUUUUCAAAUUAUGAGAAGGAUGCAUGUUUUAAAUGGAGCUUCCUGAUUGAAUCUUCAAUUCAGCUUUUGCA